AUGGCAAAUCAACCUCUUACAUUGGACGAGCUUUGGAAGGAAUGUGAGAAACCAUUCCAAGAUCUCUUUAUUCAUUUAAAGGAGGGUCUCACAAAGGAAAAAUAUAUUAAGUUAUACACUAAUGUUUAUAACUACUGUUCAACACAAAAUGAAGGUGUUCUCAAAGAUUUCUAUCCUCGAAUUUCAAAUUUAAUCAAACAAAAGGCCAAGGAGAUUAUGGAGAAAGCAGACGGUUUACCAAAUGAUGACCUUUUAUUAUUCUUUAGAAAUAAAUGGAACGAUUGGAAGUUUUCAAGCAGAGUCUUAAAGAAUUUAUUAGAGCCAGUCAACAAAAUCUAUACUUCAGAUGGAGGUAAAACCCAACAACAACAAUCUUCAAGCGAUCAAACAAAUACUUCAAAGAUCUUAAUUGAUUCUUUGAAUGCAUGGAGAGAUGCUGCCUUCAAACCACUCAAUAGCAGAUUGUUGACUGCUUUGGAAACCAUUAUCUUGAAGGACAGAAAUGGUGAUUCAACCAAUUUACAAGUUUUAAGUGACACUUUGGAAUGUUAUGUACAACUUGGACAAGAUAAAAAUAAAUUGCAAGUGUACAUUGACCAUUUCGAAACCACCUUCCUCAAGUCGACCGAGGAUUUCUACAGAAUCGAAUCUGCUGAAUUUGUUGCCAAGAAUGGUAUUCCACAAUAUAUGAAGCACAUUUCUGUCAGAAUUGAACAAGAAACCACUCGUGUCCAAAAGUUUAUGCCAAUCACCACAUUGGACAAGCUCAACAUUCGUCUCAACGAAACAUUGAUCGUCAACUUUAAGGAUCAAUUUGCCGAAAAGUUCUUGGAUCUCUUGAGUGAAAACAAGAAUGAUGAAUUGACUAUGAUGUACAAUCUCCUCUUUAGAGUCAACCAUCUUGAAUCACUCCGCAAGAAUCUCCAAGAUUUCAUCAAAAAGGAGGGUAUCAAAGAGAUUGAAAACGAUCUCAAAGAAUCGCAAGAAAAGCCACAAGUUCUUAUUGGCCAUUUGUUAGAGACCUACAACAGAUUCAAUCGUCUUAUCCGUGAAUCUUUCUCCAAUGACACCACCUUCCUUGCUGCCAUGGAUCGUUCAUUUGCCCACGUCAUCAAUGAAAACCCAGCUUCCUACGACCAAAAGAAGAAGGAAUCUACCAUCCCAGUCGUCCUUGCCAAGUUUUGUGAUCAAAUCCUCCGUAAGGGUCCAUAUCACAUCAGUGAUGAAGGAGAGUUGGAAAAGAAGUUGGCCGAAGCCGUCUGCCUCUUCAAGUACCUCCCAGACAAGGAUAUUUUCAUGCUCAAUUACCAAAAGAUGUUGUCAAAGCGUUUGGUCGAAGAUCUCUCUGCCUCUGAAGAUGCCGAAGCAUCCAUGAUCAACAAACUCAAGACUCAUCAAGGUUUCGAUUAUUGCACAAAGUUAACUAGAAUGAUUAACGAUAUGAGACUUUGCAAGGAUAUCAAUGCCAAUUUCCAAACUUAUCUUAAUGAAAACAGUUUGACUUUACCUUACACAUUUAACUUUUAUGUACUCACCAAUGGUUCAUGGUCUUUGACAAACAAGACUAGCAGCAAUCCAUUUAAACCACCUAGUGAAAUGCUUUCAUCCAUUACCUAUUUUGAAAAAUAUUACAAAUCUAGUUUCAAGGGUAGAGUUUUAACAUUCUUGUACGAUUUCUCAAGAGCUGAUGUUGACUCACGUCAAGUACGUGGUAAGAUUUACAAGUUGGCCACAACUGCCUACCAAAUGGCUAUCCUCUUGUUGCUCAACACUCAAGACAAGGUUACCAGAUUCCAAAUCCUCGACUCUAUUGGUUUGGAUGAAAACUCGAUCAGAUUACCAUUGCUCGCUUUAAUGAAGACUGGAAUUAUCGAAAGUGACAAGCCAGACUACAAGGAGUGGAACAAUGAUACCUCCUUCUCUAUCAAUGCCAAGUUUGCAUCAAAGAAGAUGAAGGUCAACUGCAAUGUUGCCGUCCAAAUUGGUGAAACCAAGACAUCUGAAGGUGCCCAAACCGUAUCAAAUAGCGAAAUUGAAAAGGAACGUUAUUUCAAGUUACAGGCCGCCAUUGUACGUAUUAUGAAGUCAAAGAAGGUACUCUCUCACAACGAUCUCGUCGUCGAGACCACCAACCAAGUCUCCAAGUGGUUUGCUCCAAAGAUUGCCACAAUCAAAAAGGCUAUCGAGUAUCUCAUUGAACAAGAAUAUAUUAGAAGAACUGCCGAUGAUAAUCCAAACCAAAGAAAAUACGAGUACAUGGCUUAA